CCCAAGUGGCACAGUUCUCUGGAUAGUGUUUUCACACGUAAAGGCAGCCUGAUUCUGCUGGAUGGAAACAAUUCUGUGGAAAUCUAUAAAGUAACGCAACAGAUACGGCACUUGCAUGUUGGGAUUCACACUGACAGUGAAAUUUAUUUGACAAGUGACAAGUGAACAAAAUAAUUCUUCUUUGCUUCCUCUAAUGUUGAAAUUCUUUGCUUUAAUCUGUGCAGUCCUACAAGUCAAGCCAGCCAGCGAUCAGAGGACGGUUGAGUGACUUGUACCUUCCUGCUAUCACAGGAACAAUGUCAAACCUGCAGACAGCAAGGGCCAGACUCAGUCACUCAUGUCCUUAUCUCAGCACCAGCAGACGCCGUGGCUCCACCUCCUCCAUCAACUCACAGAGAGCUCCUGAUUUCAACAGCAAGCAGAGUUACCUCAAAGCACAGAAAGAGUCCAAGAAGUCAAAUGUGAUUGUGACGAUGAUGUACCUGGGUCAGGGGCUUUCUGGCAGCACUCAGGAUGAGAUGAAAGUGCUUCAACAGAUCUGUGGAGGGGAGAACAUCUGUGUGUUUAAAGGAUUUGUCCAACCUGGAGAGCAGUUUCAGUUCACAUCCCAGAGACACCUGGGCUUCCCCUUCAGUGCUACUAUCUUUGUGAAUGGAAUCAUAGCAGCCAGGAUCAGUUCCUGCUGUGAGUACAGAUACACCCCUGGCUUUCAGCAAGGCCGCAGAAGCUGCUUCAGACUGACCCGUCUAAAUGGAGGAAAACCCUGCUACAAAUGUGUGAAUUCAAGGCACGGUAUUGGCACCCCAGCGAUUGAUAGUCCAGCUCCAGCCUUGCAACAAGCCAUCAAUUCUAAUGAAGGUGUUAUGGAGUCGUGCCCUUCUUCCCCUUUGUUUGUCCCUCUUGGAAUGGAAAAAUCGGUGCAGAAGACCAGAAAGCUCUCUAAAGAUGGAGGUGCUUUGUCAACAGACAGUGAAGACGUAAAUGGCAGUGCAAAAGAAAGAAAACGUCACAAACGCCAUCAAAGACCACUCAGUCAGCGAGGAGAGGGCAAAAGUUUAGAAGAAUCGCAAGCACAUAAAAAGGAAAACAAACCACCUUCCAACACCAAAGAACAGCUGCAAACAUCAGCAAAAGAACAUGCGCCUGACAAGGAGAAUUCAGUGACUGAAAAUAAAACUAAAGUGCCAGGUGAGUGCAAAUCUUUUCCAGCGACGUGGUGUCGCACUCUCAAGGCCGUUGGAUGGAGUCGCUUGCCAGCGCAAUGAAGCUUUGUUGUAAAUCACUAGGUUGUAUUUUAUUUUAUAGACAGCACUAUCAGGACAGUUGUAUUUCUCGAUUCAUUGCAGGAAGGAAAAACCUUGACUAAGCGCGACGGCGAGAAAACGAUGGAUGCUUCGCAAUCGAAUGGAAAAAGCAGCAACAGGGGAAGACUGAGGGACUUCUAUGAAGAAUGUGUUGAAAUGAGCACUGGUUUGGAAUCAGGCCUAGACCAACAGAGGUGGUUCAAAGUAAACAGUGAGUCAAGAACUGUGGCUCAUUGCUCACAGACAGGGUUUCCCCUGAGUCUUUUAGCCUGAUUUAGUGGGAGUCAAUCAUUUUACCAUAAAGGUUAUGACAAAAAGUAGUUUCAAAUUCAAACAUAUACUAAGGUUAGUGUGAAGUUUUAAGGCCAUGAGAAUUGGUCCCAUUACUCUUCCUAUGGGCUUCUCAACAGGGGCCACAGAGAAAGACCACUUUUGCCUCAAGAUCUGAACUUCUAAUUUUUUUUUAGUUAUACUUCUCUUAUAUUAAUGAUCAGAAUAUUCCAGUGUAUACUCUAUGCUAUGCAGUAUGGCAAAAGUUAUCACAAUAUUGAAUACAUGUGUAUUAUAGUUAAGGGCAAUAUAGAAUAAAAGAUUAUUGCCUGAAAAAUCUUAUUGCA